CCACCACACAGGCAGUGAGCAGGUGCUGGCCCCGUGCUGUCCAUGGAUUUUGUGGCUGGAGCCAUCGGAGGCAUCUGCGGCGUGGUGGUGGGCUACCCCCUGGACACGGUGAAGGUCAGGAUCCAGACGGAGCCCAAGUACACAGGCCUUUGGCACUGCAUCCGGGAUACUUACCGCCGGGAGCGGGUGCGGGGCUUCUACCGUGGCCUCUCACUGCCGGUGUGCACCGUGUCGCUGGUCUCCUCUGUGUCCUUCGGCACCUACCGCCACUGCCUGGCACACAUCUGCCACUUCCGGUACGGCAGCGCAGACGCCAAGCCUGCCAAGGUGGACAUCACGCUGUCAGGAUGCGCCUCCGGCCUCGUGCGUGUGUUCCUGACAUCGCCCACUGAAGUGGCCAAGGUGCGCCUGCAGACCCAGACCCAGAGCCAGGCCCAGAGCCGGAUGCAGACGCGCCGCCCCUCUGCCUCGGGGCUCACGGCCACCCUGCCUAUGUGUCCUGUGCCCCCCGUGUCUCCUGAUCACAGGCCCAAGUACCGCGGGCCGCUGCACUGCCUGGCCACUGUGGCCCGAGAGGAAGGGCUUCGGGGCCUUUACAAGGGCAGCUCUGCCCUGCUCUUACGGGAGGGCCACUCCUUCGCCACCUACUUCCUCUCCUAUGCCAUCCUCUGCGAGUGGCUCACACCUGUGGGCCACAGCCAGCCAGAUGUGGCAGGCGUGCUCGUGGCUGGCGGCUGUGCGGGGGUUCUGGCCUGGGCGGUGGCCACCCCCAUGGAUGUGAUCAAGUCCCGGCUGCAGGCAGAUGGGCAGGGCCUGCGGCGCUACCGGGGCCUCCUGCACUGCGUGGUGAGCAGUGUACGUGAGGAGGGCCCGAGGGUGCUGUUCAAGGGGCUGGGGCUAAACUGCUGCCGCGCCUUCCCUGUCAACAUGGUGGUCUUUGUGGCCUACGAGGCUGUGCUGCGGCUCAGGCACGCCCUGCCCACUUAGUGCCGCUCCCAGCGGCUUCCACAGGUCGCAGCAGCCACGGUGGGACUCUAGAGGGCCUUACUCAGGACGGCUGGGAACUCAGCUAGCUCUGGCACAGGAAGUCAAAGGGCUCACCACCCCACCAGGGGCGGCCUGAGGCUCAGGUCAAGAGCGGUCUCCUGGGUGAGUGUCCUGUGGAACGGUCGUCAUUGUUAAUCCCUGCUCCCCACCGUCCCACACUCAGCCUCUGGCCCUCCGUAGCUGUGCCCACGGGAUGGCCCCGCUGACGUCUCUGCCAUAGUUUGGGCUCCUGUGGGACAGAUGGUCAUACCCUCCAGGGCUGGGGCCGACACCCUUGCUUGGCACACAGCACCACUGUCCCGCCACACAAAUGUCUGCGGGGACAGGGAGAGCCAUGGUCAAUAAACUUUUCAGGAUG